CAACUGCAAAGGGAGUAGCUUUGGUAACAAUGGUAAAAUCUUUCAAAUCUUCAUCUAUAUUAUCGUCUUCAAGAUAUUUGUCAGGAUCCAAAAAUUUUGACCUAUCUUUGGUUGAAGAAGAUGGAAUAUCUGGUGAAGUUUUGUUAGGAAUAGCAAUUUUGGAAACGUCAAAAAAUUCAAAUUCCAUAGUUUUUUCUGAUAAUGAGCCAAAAACUUCUUGGACAAUUUCUAAAUCAAGGUUAGUGGGAACAGAAGUUGAGGUUGAAAAAGAUGAAGGAACUGGAGUAGAAAUAGCAGCUUUCUUUAGAGCUUUUAGAGCAACGUAUGAAAUGAACUUAGGAUUACUAGUUUUUUAUUUCAUGGCAUUUUUAUAUGUCAUAACUCUCUCGCGUAAGUAA